AAAAUUCAAAGUCGUUAACGGUUGUAUUCUGUAAUUUUGGUGUUCCUUCUCUUUAAUUUUUGGUUCCUAUCAAUCCCAUUUUAUUUAGGUUUUUCGCCACUGUGGAAGGCACAGAUCAGAUGAAUGCGUUGUGAAAGCUACCAAAAUAUUGAUCAAAAUAUAAAAUGUUUCAAUGAUUAGUAUGUGCAUCUACUAUUCCUAAAUAUGGAGCCAUUGAAAGAACCUAUUAGUGUACGCGUUGCUCGGAUAAAUGCUGAAAUAACGGAAAAAACUGCAAAAUUCGACAAAAAUAAUUUACUUGCUAGAGAGACUCUACUGGAUGUGCUUCAUGCUCUAUAUGAAGAAUGCUGCCUAGAGAACCUACAGAAAUAUGAUGCAAACAUUGCUAGAUUUGUUGACAAAUUCAAAGACUCCAUCAAAGAAAUCAAACAACUCAGAGUCAACAUAUCAGAUUUUGAAGUUAAAAAUGUAAUAGGCAGAGGACAUUUUGGGGAAGUCCAUCUAAUCAAAGAGAAACAAACUGGGGAUGUGUAUGCCAUGAAAACUAUCAGGAAAUUGGAAACUGGAAAUGACUCAAAUCGAAUGUCUUUCAGUAUUGAAAGAGAUAUAAUGGCAUUUUCUAAUUCACAUUGGUUAACAUCCUUGCAGUAUGCUUUCCAGGAUAACACUUACUUGUUUUAUGUGAUGGAAUAUCACUCUGGAGGGGACCUUCUAGGGCUCCUCUAUAGACAAGGUGGUACCUUGCCUGAAAGUGCAGCUACAUUUUAUAUCUCUGAGCUGAUUUUAGCACUAGGAGACCUACAUUUGAUGGGGUAUGUACACAGAGACAUUAAGCCAGACAACAUUCUUCUUGAUAGAUGUGGACAUUUGAAGUUAGCUGAUUUUGGUUCUGCAGCCAAGUUGAAUGAACAUGGAAUGGUGAAUGUAGGUCCUCCUGUUGGUACUCCGGAUUAUGUUGCUCCAGAAGUUCUCCAGUGUUUGGAUAAUAAGAGCACGAAAAAUUCAGGCUAUGGGGUUUCUUGCGACUUCUGGUCCCUCGGAGUGUUGGCCUACGAGCUAACGAUAGGCAACACGCCGUUCGCUGGCCAAAACUCCACCUCGAUCUAUUCGAAAAUAAUGAACCACACCAAUACCCUGAAAUUCCCCUCCGAUAUACUCCUCAGCCAGGCCUACGUGAAUUUCGUCAAGUCCCUGGUGACCGACCAAAAGUCCAGGAUGAGCAUGAGGCAGAUCAGGAAACACGAGUUGUUCAAGAACACGCAUUUCGAUACCGUGAGAGAACAGGUGCCGCCCUUCGUCCCGAAAAUCUCCUCCGUGGAAGACACCAGCAACUUCAGCGACAUCCAAACCAAACAGAAAACUCCCAGCAUCGAGUCCUUCAAAAAGCGAACGCAGUUUUCCGGAAGAAACUUGCCAUUCGUCGGUUUCACGUUCACUCACGGCCAAAGUUGUUACGAGGGAGGCUCGCAAAGGAAGAUCAUAGUGAAAGACGAGCUGGUCGAGAAUCUGAAGAGCGAGGUGGAAUGCCUCAAGGUGAAGCUGGUGAAGAACGAGGAGUUCGAUAAGGAGAGAGAUAGUCUGGAGCAGAAGUUGGAGGUGAAGAACAGAAAGUUGGAGAGUAUGGAGAAUUUACGGGACAGAUUGGAGAGGGAUCUGGCUGGUAAUAUUGCAGAGUGCGGGGCACUGAAAAGAACUUUGGAAUUAGAACGUAAAGACAGAGCGGAGCUGGAGAAAAAGGCAUUAGACCUCAUCAAAUCGGCCAAGUUGAAAUGGGAAAUAUCUGAGAAAAAUAAGGUGGAAGCUUUGAUGUUGGAGAUCGAUCAGCAAAAGGAAAAAAUCACUCAACUCACCACCACUAAUAAUAUACUCAACGAACAACUGCAACACGCUUUGAAAAUGGAAGUGAAGCACAAAGAUUCCCUAGAACACGUUCAAGUUUUGAGCAGACGCAGUGUUAUAGGGCUCGAAUCACGCUUGGACAAAGUCACAACAGAAACACAAGGAGCCAUUGCCGACUUACAAAAGAGACUGAGCGAAGAAUGUCAUCAGAAAACCGUCAUAGAGAACAAAUUGUCCCAGGCGAAAGACAAAGAAGCCCGCUUGAAACAAAAACUGUCCCAGUCCGAGUUGAACUUCGAAGUCUGGAAAUCGAAAAUCGAUGAGGCAGAAGGCCUCAUCAAACAGCUCAGUGAUCAAGUCUCCGUUCUCGAGAAGGACGUUUCCAAAAUGGAGGAAUACAAGGUGGAAAUCGGUUGCUUGAGGGAAAAAGUCGACAGCAGCAACAAGGUGGUCAAAGAUCUGGAGAAUCGUAAUACAUCGUUGCAGAUGGCAACGAAAGCUAUGGAGGAGCAUGAGAGAGAAAUGGAAGCCAUGAGGAAAACGAUUGCGAAGUUGCAAAGUGACAGGAAAGUGGAAGAAUUGGAGAGUCAACUGUUGGAAGAGAGAGAAAAGUGUUUGUCGCUCGUCAAACAACUUCAGGACUCCGAAAAUAUUUUGACCGAAAACCAAGCGCUCAAAGAACUGCGCACCAAAUACUGGCGAAUGGAAAAAGACCUGGAAAACUCCAAGAUAGACAAGCGAAUCCUGGAACGAGAACUGAAAGAAGCCCAAUCGGAAAUCAAACAGCUCAACGAGACAAUCGAAGGUCACGAGAAAAGUCUAGCGGACACAAAACGAGUCGGCGAGGCGGCCUUAGUGGAGCUGAGCAACAUCAACGAAUCGAUGUCCUUGGAGCUGAUGAAACUCAAAAACAGUUGCAAAAACUUGCAGGACAAGUUGGAUAACGAGAAAGAGAAGAACGCAGGCGAGAAAGCUCUGUUGACGGAGUUGAAGGAGAUCGUUAGGUCAAAGGAUGAGCAGAUCGCCGGUCAGAAUAAUGAAAUAAGCGUGAUUAAGAAAGAGAGAACUAGUAUGGAAAACGAGAUGAGGAAAUAUGAGAGCGAUGUGAUUAAGUUGAAACUUCUUGUGGAAGUUUCUCAAAAGGAGAAGAGAGAGGUACAGGAUGAACUUGAGAAGGCCAAGAGAGAAUUGCAAAAUACUAAUCUGAAUUUGGAGGCAUUACGCGAAGCCUGCACCAUGCUAGAAACCCAACUGAUCGAAUUCGAGAAAAUAAACGCUUCACACGAAAACAAAGUAUCCUCCUUGAACGCCAACACCGACAAACUCAUUCGCGACCUCUGCUCCGCCAAACAACAAAUCCAAGAAGCGAAAAAAUCCGCCAACGAAGAAAAAUCCCUCAAACUACUCGCCGAAACCAAAGCGAAAAGACUGCUCGAAGACAUCGAGUGUCUUCACAACGAGUGCACUUCCUACAAGCAACAGUGCAUGGAGUACAAGCAGUACUCCACUCAGCUUUCCGACGAGCUGUCAGUGGCCGAGGAAAAAAUAAGCGACUUGGAGGUGACUGUCAAAGCACAAGAACGCCUGAUCAGCGAUGUCAAAUCGGAUAACAAAGUGAUCAAGCAGGAACUGUCUGAUCAUCUCACGCAGUUGAACAGGGCUAGGGAGUCCAGCUGUAAAUUGAAGCAUCAGUUGAGCGAAGAGAGAGAGGAGAAGAGCAUGUUGUUGGAGAAGAUCGAUGAGUUGGAGAGGGAUGUGAAUGAGAAGAGCCACUUUUACAAGGAGAGAGAAACAAAGGCUGACGCUACGAUCAAGCAGCAGAUCAAGCUGAUCGACUACCUGCAAACGAAGAUUGACGAGCAAAAUAACAAGAAAAGAACCUUAACGGAAGUCCUGUUCGGUAGUUCUAAGAAGGAAAACCAACCUCCCAUGUCGCUAGCAAUGAACUACAAAGAUUUAGAAACGCAACUCCUGAAAGAAAGACAAACAAACAAGCAGUUGCACGAAGAAAUCUACAAGCUUAAAGCUGCCACUCUGAUACCAGAAAACGCUCAAACGGCGGAAAAAUCUAACAUAAAAGUAGACAGACACAAGUCUGAGAUUUUGUCGCCCAAAAGCAGAGUUGCUAUGCAGCAAAUCGUUAAUUCUCCCAGCAAACAGAAGAGCGACGUCUACAGGCAGAAUUCCGUGCAGCGAAUGCAUCACAAUAUUCCACACAGAUUCGUGCAAAAAUACGGCGUGCUAUCCACCACCUGCGUCGCCUGUUCGAGGCCCAUGUCGGGGGUGAGUCGCCCCGUGGCCGCAUGCGUGGAGUGCAACGUCCAGUGUCACGUGGGCUGCAAGAAGGACGUGCCGAACACGUGCGGGCUGCCCCAAGUGUUCGCCCAACAUUACGUGGACAGCUUGCAGCCGGCAAAGUCGGGGAAAACGACCGAACCCCUCGACAAGGAGGAAGUCGUCAAUGUAGAGGGGUGGAUCAAGAUACCUGGGAAAUCCAAUAACUGGGAAAAACAUUACGCCGUCCUCACAGACACCUCGAUCAACAUCUACACCGCCCCGCCGGCAGAUAAAACCGCCUCUCCGGUACGAACUUUUCCCCUGAAGCCCGACGGCAGCCACGGAAAAGUGGUAUCCGAACCGCUGCUGGCUGAGAUCGGGGCUCCGGUCGCCAACAGCGAUUUGGCCUUCAUUUUGAAGGUCGAAGUGGCUCCCGAUACGACUUGCUGGCCCCCGAAGUCGCUGAUCAUCUUGACGUUGUCGGCGCAAGAUAAGGACAAGUGGUUCUUAGCUUUACAAAAAAUUUACUAUGAUGACCUGGAUAAGCCCAAGUUCGAGAAAGUUUUCACGCCUCCAGAGGAUUUGGAUGUCACCUGCAUUGUGGAUCUAACAGAAAACAUCAAAGUAAUAGGUACCGAACAAGGAUUGUACUCCUACCACGAGAAAACCUUCACGGCCAUCGCAGGAUUGUCUCAGGUCCAUCAAAUAUCCGUCAUGUCCACCACCGGCACGGUGCUGAUGAUCGUCGACCAGAAACGCACCCUCAUUUCUUGCGACCUCAGCCACCUGAUCAAUCUCGCCCAGUGCACUAUGUCCAGCAAGCCGAAGCUCAAGUUCAAACAUGUGGAUAUUUCGGGACUCAACGGCUUCCAUAAAGUGCAGGUCUCUACUUUGGCAGGACAGCCGAAAAUAUGCACGGCCACCGCUAAGCAGUUGAUCAUAUUGAACUAUGACGUCACGAAUGGGGAUUUCGUGCCGGCGAGGAUUUUGGAUACUGCCGAGCCUACCGGUUGCGCAUUGUUCACCGAAAACAGCCUGAUUGUGGGGGCCGAUAAGUUUUUUGAAAUCGAUUUGGCCACUUACAGGGCGGAGGAGUUUUUGGACGUUUCCGAUGCGAAAUUGAAGCAGGCCGAGAGAUGCUACAAAAUGGGGUCCUAUCCGCUGGCAAUCACGCAAAUCUGCAAAAACCCCAAAGAGUACUUGUUGUGUUUCAACGAAUUCUCUGUCUUCGUCGACGAAUAUGGCCGGUCGACGCGAAACGGCGAACUGAAAUCGACCCACCUACCCCUGGAUUUCGUCUUCAAUCGACCCUACCUGUACGUCAUCCAGUUCGCCGCCAUCGAAAUCCUGAAAAUCUCCGAGGAAACUUGCAAUUCCAGCGUGAAUGAGGCCACCAACGGUCUGGACUUUGUGAGGUUAGAGUUGGAGAAGUUCCGUUACGUCGGAGGUAACAAGCAAGGUAUUUAUGUCGUUUUGGAAGGGGAUGUCAAGUUUGUCAGCGCCAACAAGAUCUUGGAUAUGGACAGUAGUUCGAUUGUGAGCGAUUCUACUGAGAACGGUUCGGAUAGGUUUAGUUUUACUAGUUCGAUGGUACAAAGUUUGGACGGGCAUUUGAGCGAUUCGGAGAGCGUGGAGGAUAAGCAGAGAAGGGUUAGGUUUUCCCAGACUGAUUUGUAAAUAAUUCAAAUAUGCCAUGAUUUUAGUACUUUGUAUGUGUGAAGAAACUGUAUUGUUUUAUCUAGUUAGUUGCCUUUAUAGAUUUUUUGGUGUCCUUUUCGCAUUCAUUUCAAGAGUAAUUUUCAACUGAAGAGAUAGAAAAAAAGAAACUAUCAAUAAUUCUUCCACUGUUUUCAAUUAUAGUAGUGUGAACAUGUGUUGUUUUCAUGUUAGGCAACUCUCGGUACCCCUUAUAACUUCCGUUAUAUUCGUCAUGCCAGUCUCUACGAUCUCAAAUCAAAGGAUAUGAUGCAAUAAUAAUGAUUUAUACUAUAGUAUAAAUGAUGAUUAUUAUCUUGCUAUCAAAAGGUGUCCUUAAUGACAAUAAUGUUUCGUAGUGUUCACUAUUCUUUAUUAUUCAUCAGUACAGUGUGUUGAAUGAUGAUAAUGAAUACAAAAAGAUAUUGAGAGAUGAAUCACUUCAACAUUUUUUUGUUAAAGUGACAUAAUGUCAUUAACAUUUUUAACAUGAUACAUGUUCACGCUACUUUUUUUGCUGUUAAUUGAAAACGUUGUGGAGUAUAUUUGAAAUUUUAACAGAAUCUUAUUAAAAACCGCGGAUUGACCUGAAAAAGUGGUGUAUUUUGUUGAUGAAACCAAAGAAUCAGGUGUACUUUGCUAUUGUUAGUUCUUAUCGGUACUUAAUUACUGUAGAUCUCUAUUUCCUUGCCUGAUUUUAAUAUAUGUGAUA